GAAAGGUGCGCGCCUCGGCGGCCGAGUCCUUGUUGCAGACCAUUGCGCUCAGCGGCGGUCUGGAGGAGCGCGUCUGGGCGCUGCUGCCCUCCGCGGCCUCGAAGGCGGUGCAGCGGCUCGCGGGCGAGCGGCAGGGCGUGAGCCUGACCAGCUUCUCGCCGUGCGAGGAGGACAGCAUCCAGAAGGGCACCCUCAUCCAGGAGGACGGCCGAUCCAGCGUGUUCGUGUGCAUCGCCGAGCUCACGCCCAAGGUGUGGUCUGACCUGACCGAGGGCGCCUCCAAGGCCAGCGCCAAGGAGGGCAUGUCCGCCAAGGACGCGGUGGCCAUGGCCGCGGCAACCUCGCUGAUGCACAGCAGCGGCCAGCCCGACGCCAACAGCAGCAUCGGCGUCGCGGACGACACCGCCGGCGACGCCCUGAAGCGGGCCUUUGAGCACAAGAACUGGAAGGUGCGGGCCCAGAGCAUCGAGGCUCUCGCGAGCGAGCUCGCCACCUCGGGCGACGGCGUGAAGCUCCUCGAGG